GUGGGCUGUGCACGUUCUCUCAUGUCCUGCGUGAGAACUUAGUGCGCUUAUGAAGAAGAAUGAAAAGCUGUGGAAUAACGCAUUCAACGCAUUAAUAUGUAAGACCUUUUACACAUCUUCCUCAUAAGAUGUCUUCAUACGUUAGUCUCUUCAUAUUUUUAUACGUAGUUAAUAUAUCUGACAAAUCGUUCGGUGAGAUGUUCACUUCAACUAUGAGCGUGAAGCAAGCAGUUUUCGCAGAAAGACAGCUCAUCGAUUAUUUAAGAACUUACUUAGAAAACGAAAUACAAAGACUUGACGAUAUUAAAAGAUUCUUCUCAAGAGUCACAUCAUUGCACAGUGGGAUAUACAAUGAGCCAUCAGCUACCAUAGCUAAUCCAAUUGUUGCAUUUAAACUGCUCAAAAGACUCAAGUCUGAAUGGAUGAAUAUUGUCCAGAGCAAUGAAGCCGAAGAAAAUCUUGACGCCCUUAGGGAGGGCUACAGGAGAAUGGAAGGCAGCUUACCCAAGCUGGAAGACCUUCAGGGAGCAGCACAGGGGCUGAUGAGACUUCAGGAUGUGUAUGAUCUACGUGUGGAGGGGCUUGUGCGAGGUCACUUCCAGCAAAUCACAAAUGGAAAUGCUGUUGAUAUUUACAAACCUCCUGUGUCUGAUACGCUAUCUGGGGAUGAUUGCUUCCUUGUUGGAAAGGUGGCGUAUGAUUCGGAAGAUUACUACCAUUCUGUGCAAUGGUUUGAGGAGGCAGUUCGUCUCUUUCGAGGAACAGAAUGGAGUCCAGAAAAUGAAGGCACACUUGAAGAUGCCCUUGACCAUUUAGCUUUCUCUCAUUUUAAGACUGGAAACAUAUCUUACGCCCUCAGUCUCUCCCAGGAACUAUUGCUUCAUGAUCCUGUGAACAGUAGGGUACAUUUCAACGUGGAGAAGUAUGAGAAGCUCCUAGAUGAAAGUCCGCCUGUUACAAACCAAAGCUUGGUUUUGAAAAGGCCUGACUCCACCUGUCUGAGAACCAGGAAUGUCUAUGAGAAGCUGUGUCAAACAAAAGGUUCUCAGCCAAAGCAUUUUGAGAACCCCAGGUUGUUCUGUGACUUUUUCACCAAUGGCAACCCUGGCCUACUUCUGCAACCAAUUAAACGAGAGCUAAUCAGCCUGCACCCUUAUGUUGUACUCUUUCAUACCUUUGUCACCCGAGCUGAAGCUAAAAGCAUCAGAGAAUAUGCCGUUCCAGGGGCUGGAGGCUCAGAACGUGGUCGUAUCUGUUGCUGCCUCAAAGCUGGAGACUCAGGACUUGGUAUCUGUUAUUGCCUCUUCCCUCAUGGGCCAGAGGUUCAGAACGUUGGUGAUCUGUUGCAGUCUCUUCCCUUACUGAACUCAGACUCAGAACGGGUUGUUUCUGUUGCUGCCUUCCCAGUAAUAGGACUCAGACUCAGAACAAGGAGUGUCAGAAUCAGAAUGAGCUUUAUUGCCAGUGCAUGGCUUAAAGACUCAGCCCAUGGAGUUGUGGGCAAAGUGGACCGGCGCAUCACUAUGGUCACUGGGUUGAAUGUGCAGCCUCCUUAUGCUGAAUAUCUCCAAGUUGUAAAUUAUGGCAUUGGAGGACACUAUGAACCUCAUUUUGACCAUGCCACAUCUGACUCUAGUCCAUUGUACAGACUAAAAACUGGGAAUCGUGUGGCUACGUUCAUGAUAUAUCUGAGCUCUGUGGAAGCAGGAGGAUACACAGCCUUUAUUUACGCUAACUUCAGUGUUCCUGUAGUGGAGAAUGGUGCUCUCUUUUGGUGGAAUCUUCAUAGAAAUGGUCAAGGAAAUGUUAACACUCUUCAUGCUGGCUGCCCUGUUAUUGUUGGUGAUAAAUGGGUUGCCAAUAAGUGGGUUCAUGAGUAUGGGCAGGAGUUCCAACGUCGCUGUAGCCUUAAUCCUGAGGAAUGAAGAAAGCAAUAGACCAUUUAAACUACAAGAGUCAACCCCCUUAAAAGGAGUAACAUUGGAAAGCGAUGGAAUUAAAAGCUGAAGAGGGGGGAGAGAUGUCUGCCUUCAUGAGUGAUUUGAGACCACAGCCUUAAGGAGAGUGACAUGGAUAAUUCUCAUGUCUGUCUAAAGAGCACAGGGAAAUAAAGAGAUUGCCACAGUGCAAGUUUGUGCAUGGGUUAAAGAGCGGUUUGGCAUACAGCCCUAAGGGCAGGCUGACCUCUUCUUCCUGCUUUCCAAGAUAAAUACGAGAAUUUUUGAUGAAAAUGGAAACUACAGAUGUUUACGUGCAUACACACACACACACACACAAAAAGGAUAAUUUGCCCACUUUGAUGGUUUUUUAAAAUUUUGACACACUACUUGUGUCUAGUGCAAAUCUGGUACAACUGUAAGUUGUUUAUGGUUGCAAAGUAACUCCCAUAAACAUUGUAAAUAAAUAAAUACCAUAAGCAAACAUUUGCAAACACCUUUGUCAUAAUAUUAAUUCCAGUUAGAUUUUUGUGUGUUACAUAGAGAAGGUCGAGUCUAAGGCCGAGAAUUAGUGUAUGGUUUUGCAGAUUUGGUGUGUGGUUCUGGUGUUUGAGUGUCAGGUUUCAGCAAUUGUGUGACAAGUAAAGAUUUGGUGUGUAAGCAGUUGAAAAAAAAAAACACUGUAAAAUAAAAUAAAAAUAAUUUCAUCACAAUCACAAAACAGUAUCAGUCAGAACAUUUUUCUCUGUUUGUUGAGUCUGUUGAAUUUACAACAAAAGGAAAUUAAGAGUGUAAAACUAAAACUGAAAUAACGCCACAAUUCUUACCAUAAGCACAGUUCAUGUGCAGCCUGAUUUUUUUGUGCUCGUUGACAAUUUUGCCACUUGUACAUGGACAACAGUGCAUGUGUGAGUGAUUUCAGUCAAUGAAGUAUACUUUGAAAGGCUUUGGUGCUUAACUGCACAGUAGAAUGGAGUGGAAUGUUUAAAAUGAACUAUAUAUUUUCAUGACUUUGAGUCCAAGGAGUUUUUGAUGUAGCUGUAACAAAGUGUCCUAAUCAGCUGUGACAGAAACUCGCGUGCGUUUAAAAAAAGAAAAAUAUUCAGCUGCUUACACACAUUUUCAAACCUUUGCCUCUUUUUUUCAAAACUUUACACACAAAUUCAAGAAUUGCACGCACAAAAUGAAAAAUGCCUCACAUCUCUUGCAAAAUGAAGCACUGCAUUCAAAAUAUCACAAACACAUCUCAAAAGCAAAUAUUUGCAAACACCUUUGCCAUAAUAUUAAUUCCUGUUAGAUUUUUGUGUGUUACAUAGAGAAUUGUGUGUUGUGUUUUGCAAAAAGUGUUUUAUGAAAUUAAAAACUGAGUCUAAGGCUGAGAAUUAGUGUAUGGUUUUGUAGAUGAGUUUCAGGUUUCAAAAAUUGUGACAAGUAAAGAUUUUGUGUGCAUGAAAUAGGAAAUACAUGAAAUAAGGAAAAUGAGAGAAAGGAGAACAUGUUAUUACAUGUAAGCACAUGUUGUGAGAUUAGUGCCCAGAAGAGAAAUCUGAACAUAUUAGCCACACACACACACACACACACACACACACUCAUAUAUAUAUACAUGAACGUGUAGAACCAUAAUGAAAGCUGCAUCAUGUGUUUUGAACAACUAUAUUUAGUGACUGUACUAAAAACCUACAUAGUGAAACUAUGGGUAUCUUUUGUGUGGGUGAUCUAAAGUAAUGU